UGUAUAGCCACUUUAACUUGACAGUGUUUAGACGCUAGCAACUCCAGAAGUAAACUUCGUUCAAAGUGUUUAUGUAUUAUUCUACCAGUAUAUUGGUUAAAAAAGGGUACUGGGCACAGCUUUUGCAGUUUAAUAUCCGUAGUUUAUUACCCUUCGUUUAAUACCGUUGCUUUGAAAUCGUGAGUGUGAUGUCGCUAGAGUAAUAUCGUAAGUUGCAGACAUUAGUUGAGUAUCUUGGAGGUGGUUGAUCCACUAUUCGUCCUAACGUGACUCCUACAGGUCACUGGUCACAGAUGCCUAUGACUGAUGAUUAUUAAAUUUGCACAAUGAGUAUAAAGACCGUAUCGCUGAGGACGAUCCUGUUCCUGGGGCUCUGUCAGGCCGGCCGGAGGACCCUAGCAUCCGACCCUGGACUGCGAGAACAACCUAAAAGAAUAGCUGUGGUGGGGGCCGGCAUUGGGGGUACUGCAACAGCCUACUUCCUGAGGCAGGAGUUCGGCGUGGGGGUGAAGAUCGAUGUGUUUGAGCCUGAGAACGUGGGCGGACGGCUAGCCACGGUGAAGAUGGGGGACCAGGAAUAUGAGACCGGUGGUUCCGUGAUCCAUCCCUUAAACCUUCACAUGAAGCACUUUAUAGACAACCUCGGUAUAAGUCAAAGGGAAAAUGUUCCUUCCAAAAUGGCCAUCUUCGACGGGAAGGAGCUGACCUUCGAAGAGAGCGACUGGUUUAUUGUCAACAUGUUGCGUAUGCUGUGGCGCUACGGCUUUAACUUCCUGCGCAUGCAGAUGUGGGUGGAAGGUGUCCUCGAUAAGUUCAUGAGGAUCUACCAGUACCAGCAGUUUGGCUACUCCUUCUCCACGGUGGAGCAGCUUCUGCACGCCAUGGGGGGCGACAGCUUCCUCACGCUGGCCAAUCAGACGCUGGAGGAGGCCAUGCUAGGCGAGGGCUUCUCCCAGGUCUUCCUGAACAACAUCGUGGCGCCCAUCACACGGGUCAACUACGGUCAGAGUGUCCGUGUCAACGGCUUUGUCGGUGCUGUGUCGCUGGCUGGGGCAGACUCUGGUCUGUGGGCCGUGGACGGGGGCAAUAAGAUGGUGUGUUCAGGGCUGCUGUACCACAGCAGGGCUGAGCUCAUUCCCGCACGCGUCGCCUCCAUUUCGGUCAAAGUUAGACCAUCCAAGGCGGGCACCACAACCAGCUUCUACGAGGUGAACUAUGUCGGGGUCUCCGGCCCCGCCCACUCCCUGUACGACAUCGUCAUCGUGGCCACGCCCCUCCACACGGGCAAGUCGGACAUCAGCUUCCCGGGCUUCUCCCCGCCCAUCCCGUCGCACUACCCGGGCCGCUUCCACCAGACGGUGUCCACCCUGGUGCACGGCCUGCUCAACGUCUCCUACCUGGGCACCCGCCAGAAGCCGUCCGACUUCACCGUGUCCGACGUGCUGACCACGGACGCCGAGGGCUGCUUCCUGAACAGCCUGAGCUCCGUGGACCCCGUCACCAUCCCCCCGGGGUACCGCCGGCCCCCCGCCAGCACGCCCUCCGUCUGGAAGAUCUUCUCCCCGCGGCCGCUCACCGAGGCGCAGCUGGACGCCGUCUUCCUGUCCCGGGACUCCGGGGCGUCGGAGACCCGCUGGCUGGCGUACCCGGCGUACCGGCCGCCGCACCGCCGGACCCCGCCCUUCGUGCUCCACGACCGGCUGUACUACCUGAACGCCGUGGAGUGGGCGGCCAGCGCCAUGGAGAUGAGCGCCAUCGCCGCGCGCAACGCCGCCCUGCUGGCGCACCACCGCUGGCACGCGCUGACCGGCAAGAUCGACCAGGAGGACCUGCACGUGCGCCUCCGGGGGGAGCUGUGAGGGGGAGGGGUUAGGGGAGGGAGGGAGGGAGGGAGGGAGUACGAUACGACCGGGCCUGAUCCACUUUUUUAUUUUCUUCGUUGCACUGAAGAUGUAAGCAAACUGGAGCUUGUUUGGUGUACUGUAUUUUGCUGUAUUUUUUAUUUGGCUAUUAAUUGAGGUAAAAUACUACUUAAAGUACUUCCGCUCAAUUUGAAUUUCCCUUCAGUACUAGGUCUUGGUCUGCGGCAUGUUAGUGGGUUUUCUCUGUCUACAUUUUGCGAACAGAGGGAGUGGCUGAGAUCUAUGACGUUAAAGUCAGCUCUCGUUGACAGACAUCUACACGCACGGUGAUUGGUUUGUUUACAGCCUGCACGCAACGUGAUUCGUUAGCGAUUGGUUAUGGCCGAUCCAGAGGGUCACUGGGAAGAUCCAAUAGUUUUAAACUUCAACAGACACCCGCCUUCAAGUAUCUGAAGAGGGAUUAUUGUGAUUCAAGGAUCAUUAGAAAUACAUCCAGAUAAGUCGAGAUGAGAUAAUACUCAAUGGAUCCGAAAUUUCAGGACAUAAUAUUGAAGAAUUAAAUUACAAUUAUUAUUUAAAAUAAAUUGAUAUAUUUUCAACCUGGUAAAAAGGAAGGAGUAAAUUAAUAAUGAAAAACACUCCAAAGCAUGAUAAAAAAAAUGCACAGUGAUGCCUGGGAAGCAACGAUAUUCGAGCCACAGCAGUAUCAAUCUGUCAAUAUUGAUAUUCCUCUUCCAUUCCUAUUGAGGAACAUUCUUAUCAGGUAACGGUGGAACAACACCAUGUACUUUCAUGUGUAGGUGCUGUCAUGUGACCAGGGCACUUGGUUUAUGCUGCUCUGGGGAACUGGCUCCCUGCUUGAAUCAUGUGGAUUAUGCAAAGUUGUUAAAAAUGUCUCUCUCGUGCUGUCACACACAACAAGAGAACAUAUUAUAGUCGGUUAAAACAGUGUAGUCCUUUGACUUAGUCAUUCAAUGUGUCGUUAACUAAUAACCCACAUAUGUUUCGGAUUGACUAAUGUUGUUUUUUUACAACAUGAUAAUAACUCCCUUUUGGCAUACUACUGAAUUCAAUUAAAACCUUUAUUUAAUCAGGCAAGUCUCAUUGAGUUACAACAGUGUCUUGUAUCUUUAUGAGACGUGUGAGUUGUAAAUUCUAUUUUCAUAGCGGGAUUAGGGGUCCCUGUUAUUCUAACAGUGUACAGAAGCCGUCACAGAGGGAAGUCCAUCACACUGACUGUUUUAGAAAAGCAUUACAUACUUUCCUGCUGUUGGUUUUCAUGUUGUGGUGCCUUAAAUCUACAAGACAAUCUUUAUUUCAUCAAAUGAUGUAAAUAAUGCAAUUUCUACUGGGAUAGAGUCCACCAAUACACUUAUAUACAAGAAAUGAAUGAAGCUUUAGCUUAUAAAAAGAUAACAAUUCUAGUACAUUCCUAGCAUGAGGGCUCCAUUUCUCCUUUUAAUCACUGGAGGGAAGACCACUUGUAGUUUUAAUGUUUUCUAAGAGCCUUUGAACGAUGGUCUGUUUAGAGACGUAGCAAUAUAUAAUAAUUGAUAGUGCACUUUAAUCCGCCAAAUAGUGUGUUCGUUUUUUAUUUUAUACAAUUGAGUCCCAUCUAAAACCAAACCAAUUGAACUAACAAAAAUACGGAUGGAACCGGAAAAGAAAAGAAUAAAAAUCUUCUGGGAAGUUUGACCCAUGAUGUCUGGAGUUUUAAAUGUUUACAAUAAAGUAAUGAGAUGUUA